GCGCCCGCCCCCUCCCCUGCCUUUGUUCGGGGUUGGGCGCCAUUUUAACGCGGCGGGCGAGUGCGGGCGCUGAUUGGGUUUCGGGGUCCGGUAGCGGAGCCAAUCAGCGCGGGACCCGAACCGGGGGAGCGAGGCACGGUGAGUGCGAGCAGCCAAUAUGGAGCAACCGAGCGGCGGAACCAGCGCCGGGAUUGGCGGGACACAGUGACCAGUCAGGAGGCCGCGUGUCCACAGACUGCGCUGUGCCUUGGUCAGCCUUGGAACUGAAGCGGGAUGGAGCAGUACACAGCCAACAGCAACAGCUCCACAGAGCAGAUCGUUGUGCAGGCGGGGCAGAUCCAGCAGCAGCAGCAGGGUGGUGUCACUGCUGUCCAGCUGCAGACUGAGGCCCAGGUGGCAUCCGCCUCAGGCCAGCAAGUCCAGACCCUCCAGGUAGUCCAGGGGCAGCCGUUAAUGGUGCAGGUGAGCGGAGGACAGCUGAUCACAUCGACUGGCCAGCCCAUCAUGGUGCAGGCUGUGCCUGGGGGCCAGGGCCAGACUAUCAUGCAAGUCCCCGUUUCUGGAACUCAAGGACUGCAGCAGAUUCAGUUGGUCCAGCCAGGUCAGAUUCAGAUUCAAGGUGGGCAGGCUGUACAGGUACAGGGGCAGCAGGGCCAGACCCAGCAGAUCAUUAUACAGCAGCCACAGACUGCAGUUACUGCUGGCCAGACACAGACUCAGCAACAAAUAGCAGUUCAAGGACAACAAGUAGCGCAAACGGCUGAAGGGCAGACCAUAGUCUAUCAGCCCGUUAACGCUGACGGAACCAUUCUCCAACAAGUUACAGUCCCUGUUACAGGCAUGAUCACCAUUCCAGCAGCCAGUUUGGCUGGAGCACAGAUUGUCCAAGCAGGAGCCAACACCAACACCACCAGCAGCGGACAAGGGACUGUCACAGUGACACUGCCAGUUGCUGGGAAUGUUGUCAAUUCAGGUGGAAUGGUUAUGAUGGUACCUGGAGCUGGAUCAGUACCAGCCAUCCAGCGGAUACCUUUGCCUGGAGCAGAGAUGCUUGAAGAAGAGCCCCUCUAUGUAAACGCCAAGCAGUAUCAUCGAAUCCUGAAGAGGAGGCAGGCACGAGCAAAGCUUGAAGCAGAGGGGAAGAUUCCCAAAGAAAGAAGGAAAUACUUGCAUGAAUCUCGGCAUCGUCACGCCAUGGCCAGGAAGCGAGGAGAGGGUGGACGUUUCUUCUCACCAAAGGAAAAAGACAGUCCCCAUAUGCAGGAUCCAUCUCAGGCCAAUGAAGAAGCGAUGACACAGAUGAUCAGAGUCUCCUAAUCACUGCUGACAUAAAAAUGUAACUGAAUUCCUGUCCCUUCUGCAAGUCUGUCCUACCUUACCAGUGUAUCAAGCAAGUCUUUCAAUGGGACAAUCACCACAUCGCAGCCUAUCCUUUUCUACAGAACAAACACCACUUUUUCAGUGUGUGGUAAAGAUUUUAACUGCAGUUGACUCGACUCAUAGAAACUUAAUGACUUUCUUGGUAUACUCUUCUAAUUCAGCGCAGGGAUUUCAGUCUGACAGCUCAUGCCUUUAUUUUUUUUUCCUUUAUAACAUCUCUUGCAUUAAGAUUGGCCAUGGUGAGUGUACUGCUGACUGACCAGCAAUAACUGGUGUGCUGAAGGAGGGCCAGCAAAGACUUCAUGGAGUUAUGACCCUUCUGCACAGCGACAUAACCCAGUUCAUAGCAACCAGCACUGAUGUGGCUAUACCACGGUACUUUGUUUUCCCAGGAGAGGAUUGUUACUUACAUCCACUACUUACAUCUUUGGAUUUACCGUCUACUGAACUGUUCUCUACUGUUGCAUCUGCACUUGCAAAACUGACAGAAACUGAAGGGGUUUCUCUUAAGCUCCACUCUGUAAAAUAUGUAUUAAACAGCAAGCUUUUCUCUGGGAAGAGUUCAGCCAUCCAGUCAAAGUGAUCAGAGCAGUUCAAGAUUAUUAUAGGACUUGAUUUGUUGUGUGUCUGUUCCGGGAAGUAAGAGUGGAGAGGGUUAUUGAUAGAAGGGUUUAGUUAGUAAAUAGGAUUUAUUGGUGUUUUUUGGUAUGUUUAUUGCCAGCAGGUCAUGCUUUGGAAGAAGAGUGGAUGCCAAUAUUAAAGUAUUGGAACUUCCAAUUGAGUCUCUUCCAAAGGAUUAUUUUUAAGGUCUUUAUUUUAACCUGACCGGUCUGAUGCAUGGUUCUCCAACAGAAAUACAAUCUGCAGUAUCAGAGUGAAAACACUUGGCCACCUUUUUGGUAGUAUUUCUUGAUGUGUGUUGUAAAUCAGUUCUACAGUUCUCAUUCUGCAUAGAGAGAGGAGCUGUUGAAUGAUGGUGGAAGCACAGGGCCGCUCAACCUGGUGCAUACUGAUGUUUUGGAAGGAUUAUAUACCUGAACAACGCGACGCAUUUGCAAAUGUUGUGUUAAUAAUCCAGCAUUCUGCUCACCAGUUUUACACGAGGUUUUUUUCUAGCUAUUCUAAAGGCAUUAAUGGCAUUUUGGUGCCUUUGGUUGCUUCUGCCUUAAAUUCGUGGCCAGUCAGAGCGCGGUGCUUCUUUCUUUUUCAGUCAGUAACUGUAAAGUCCUCACCUGGAAUCUCGUGAGGUCACCCAUUUCAGGAAACCCAUCGCUCUCAUUUAGUGAAGGAACAACAAAGUCUUUUCCUUAGUUGAAUUUGCCGCACUAUUUGUAAAUACUUUUUUAGCCUCUGUACAUUUUGUCAAUAGGAUUUUCAUGUGCUGGAGGAACAUUUCUGUGCUGAACUGAGACGGCCUCCAUAACGUUUCUGCUCUUCAGCUGACAGCUAAUCUGUGUCCCAGAGCACCCCUCAGGCAGUUGGAAGUUAUGGAAGCAGAGAUUGUUGCUCUGACAUGAGUUUUUGUUUAUUUCUCUUAAAUUAGUAAUUCUUGGUUUCCUUAAAGAAGUCGUAAACUUCUCCAACACAACUAGAACUCUUUUUUUUUUUCUCCCCCAAUGAGCCCUUCAUAUAUAGGUUCUCUGAUCUGUUGUUGUAGAACGUGUACUAAGGCCUAUGGAUUCGUGUUACUUAGGAAGCUUUACUGUUAAUACUUCAGAUAAGGACGUGGAGGCCGGAGUGCAGCUGUUGGGUUCCUUACCUGCAGCGGGUCAGUUGUGAGGACGGUCCUUGAGUGAUGCUGGAGCACUUCGAGGCUUUGCAUGUUACAAACAGGAGAGAGGGAAAGAAUCUUUGUGACUGGAUGUGUGUGUGUGUAAGGGGAUGGGGGGUGGGGAGGUACUUGCAUCAUGUAAGGCAAAGUUUGUAUAUAGUUUAAAAAGUUUAUAAUUUUUUUUAUAUAAUGCAUUUUUUCAAGUGUAUUUUGGUCUUUAAUAGAUGCAAUUGUAAGUACUGUGUACACUAUCCAGCUAAUAAAAGUUUAUAAAC